AUGGGCUCCUCCAUUCGCAUAGCGAUGCUGAAAAUCGCUGGUCUCUUGCUCGCUGCCUCCAGCAUUCAGCCAGCGCAUGCCUCGCACUUUCGACAUGCGGCUAGUCCAGGGUAUCGCCCGGCAAGCGACGUCUGCCCGACGCGCUGUAUCGAUGCUGGCGCGGACUCGGCCAACUGGCCCGUCUACCCAGGGUAUAACCAGCUCAGUGACUGCCCCGACACUAUCUUAUAUGACUUUUCCCUUCUCGACAAUGUUGAUGACCCCGACGCACCUCAUCGAAUGUUUGCAUGCACCUCCUAUGGCCCUGACUGGACCGGUCUACAGAACUCGACUUUGAACGCAGCGCAGGCCGAGUCCAUCGACGUCGAGUACAAGGUUGGCCAGCUCGACAAGACCGUCCUCGCUGCCUUCGAAUCUUCGUUGUCCUCUGAGAUGAUGGCAUCGAGCAUUGCCCUCCAAUGGUGUAGCCCCGAUAAGGAUGGGACUCAUGCCUUUGGCGUGAUGGCCACUACUAACCGCACAUUCGCCCCCGUGAGGGACGCCAUCAAGACAUGGUACAACGCUUCCUGCCUGGAUAUCCCAGAUGCCGAGGCGAUUCCUGGCAAAGCCUAUAUGGUGACGCCGCUGCUUGGAGAGCCCGUGAGGAACGCAACCUCGGGCACCUCCUUCAAGCGAUCCGAGCCUAGGAGACUUGCGGCACGCGCCGAGUGCGAGACGAUCGAAGUUGACCAGGGAAACGGCUGCCCUGAGCUGGCUCCCCGGUGCGGUAUUUCCGGCGACGACUUCACCAAGUACAAUGACUACGACGACGAUCUGUGUUCAACCCUGCAACGUGGGCAACAUGGAGGUACCCAUCGCAGCGCCCUCUUCCUUCUGGUCCCUCGAGAAGUAGCCAUUGGCCGCAUUGCAGCGGUUGUCGACUUCAUUGUCUUCAUGACGUACGAUCUCCACGGUAACGUCAUCGAGAUGCAUGAUGCCUUGUUCAUCAUCACCAAGGCUGGUCUUCCGUCUAAUAAGAUUUCCGCCGGCACUACUAGCUACGGACGCUCCUUUAAUAUGGCUGACGGCGACUGCUACCCUGCAGAGUGCUACUUCACAGGAACUCGCCUCUCCUUGGGUGCUACCUUAGGACCUUUCACUGGCAAGUCGGGUAUCCUGGUCAAUGCCGAGAUCAAGAAGAAGGCUAUCGAUAAGCUACAUAGACAAAGGGACAUCCUGUUGAGGAAAAGAAUCUCGAGGAGCACUCACGAAUUUGAAGGCCAGAUCUGUGCUUCUUCAAACAUAUGCUAG